AUGGCAUAUGGUGGAGGAUUGGAUGCUUGCCUUGCUUCAGGAAUCAAUCAACUAGAUGAAGGUGGAAAAGACAGAGAUCCCUUUAGGAAACAAAAAUUGAUGGGGAGAGACCAACAUGAAGCAGGGUUGUCAAUCCUAACCAAGCAUGAUCACAUCCUGGCUGCGUAA